CCCGCGCUCUGUUUGCGCGCCGCUGUACGCGCGGCCCCGACAGUCUCUUCAGCAGCCAGACCGAGCAGCAGCGACGUGGACCGUCCGGAGCAGAGAGGAUGAAGCAGACAACUUUCCUGCUGGUGUUUACGGUCGUCCUGAGCUUCUGCUGGGCUCAGUCAGACUCAGAAGGUGAGGAGGCAGGUGUGGAGGAGGAACACGUGGAGCUCUUCACCACACCCAUGACGAAGAUGGGCUCUGCCACCUCAGACUUCGGCUAUAACCUUUUCCGGGCUCUGACAAGCCGGGAAUCUUCAGCCAACAUCUUCCUGUCGCCCAUCAGCGUGUCGGCGGUCCUGACCCAGCUGUCCAUGGGGGGCUCUGAGAAUGCCCAGAGGCAGCUGUACCGGGCUCUGAGGUAUCACACCCUGCAGGACCCUCAGCUCCAGAACACCCUGAAGGACCUGCUGGCUUCAGUGAAGGCUUCGGGGAAAGGCCUGAGCACCGCUGCACGGCUCUAUGUAACAAGACGUCUUCGUCUGAAGCAGGACUUCUUCCAGCUGGUGGAGCAGCAGUUUGGGGUUCGUCCUAAAGCAUUACUGGGAGGAGCCAAAGACAUGAAGGAGGUCAAUGAUUGGGUGUCUCAGCAGACAGGCAGGAAGGUUCAGCAGUUCCUGACCAAAGCUCUCCCUCGUACCGCCGGCGUUAAUGCUGUCAGUGCCACCUACUUCAAAGGUGGAUGGCUGACUCGCUUCAGUCAGAGUGGAGCUCAGGAGAACUUCCAGGUGGAAAAUGGGGUUCCAGUCCGUGUUCCCAUGAUGCAACAGGAUAACUACCCUGUAAAGAUGGGCGUGGACUCAGACUUGAGCUGCACUAUCGCUCAGAUCCAGAUGCAGAACGAGGUCAGUAUGUUCAUCUUCCUGCCUGAUGACGUGACGACCAAUACGACUCUGCUGGAGGAGAGUCUGACAGCUGAGUUUGUUCAGGACCUCUCCAUGGCGCUCCAACCUGCUCGGGUGUCCCUAACCCUGCCUAUCCUGACGCUCAGUUACUCUACAGACCUGCUGCCACUGCUUAGCGACCUCGGCCUCUCUGAGUGGCUGGGCAACCAAGAACUGGAGAAGAUCUCUGCUCAGCCAGCCAAACUGACCAGUCUUAAUCAUAAGGUUGUCAUGGAGACCGUACCCGAAGGAAUCCAGUACCCCAGCGCCACCUCGGUGCCCUCUCACCUGACAUACCGGGUGGACCGGCCCUUUGUCUACCUGAUCCGAGACGAACCGUCAGGAGCGCUGCUCUUCAUCGGGAAGGUGGUUAACCCUAAAGACCUGACAAUAUAACACAAACACACACACACACACACACACACACACACACACACACACUCAGCAGGUCCUAGGAGGGGCUUCAGCUGUUUGUGGUGGCAGAUGGUUGCGAGGAUAUUUGAUUUUAUUUUUCAUGUUGAAACAUGGUUGGAUCAUGCUAAUCUGACAGAAUACUCCUGAAAUAAUCCAAAUAAGAAAUAUUUUGUAAGAAAUCAAAUAUCGUCAUUUGUUUCAAUAACAAUAAACUUGACAAUGUACUCAAGCACA